AUGGUUUCUUUAAAGUACAUCUUUCUAUUCCUGAGUCUGUACUAUUUCCUGGAUGAUGUUGCGGCUGUGACCUGCGAUGUAUCCCCCACGGAUGCUUCUUGCAUCGACUGUCGGGUGUAUCCCACCCAUAUAGAGUGUUUGCACAAACUUUUCGCACCAGUAACAACUGCAGCCCCGCUCACAACUUCAACCACUAGAAGAUCCCGAAUCGGCAGAAUACGCAACUUUUUCAGUAACUUCAUUACGCGUGUCAGAAGUAAAAGUUGGUUUUAA